CGUACUUAAGGCUUGGCUUCUCACAACGUUUCACCGUCCGCUUUUUUUUCAGCAACGUAGCGCCGAAUCAGGAACGGAAAGGCAAGCACAAUGCAGCAGCAGACUACGGCAAUAAAAAGAGCACGGGAGCCCAGUAUUAGUAGCGAUCAGGAAGAUCGUGCUCGUACGCCAGUAGAUGUUUGUCUGCCGGAUUCAGAUGACAAUAGAAAUGACGAUGCAGGGGAAUUUUGGGAAGAAAACAACGACAGUCAAAUCCCUGACGCAGAUAUUAUUCCUGAUUUACCACCUAGCGAUCAAGCUACCUACAUUCAACCCCUCAAGGAAUCGCCUUUGGAAGACGGUGACACCUGGUACUUGGUAGCCAACUCAUGGUACCGUCGCUGGCAACAGCAUUGUACUCGAAUGGCUAGCCAGUCUCAAACAACUAGAGACAUGGGCCUCAGAUCUCCUCCUGGCCAGAUCAAUAAUACUUCCUUAAUGAAAGACAACACCUUGAAGCCCAAUCUUAUGCCCGACACCGAUUUUCAGUUAGUGCCAGAAAAAGCAUGGAAGGCAUUAGUCCAAUGGUAUGGAUUGACGGGUGACGAAUUUCCCCGUAACGUCAUAACCGAAGGUGUCAGCGUUCAAGAAAGUAUGGUUGAGAUUUACCCUCCACAAUUUCGGAUAUAUGUCAUUUCAGCCACACAACUUAGUACAACUGCAACCAGUUCCCCUCCUUCCACCAUUACUCUCUCGCGCAAAGCUCAGGUCGCUGAUCUUAUUUCCUGUGUUGAGAAUACGCUGGAUUUUACCCCACAAACAGAGUUUCGAAUCUUACGGUUGGAAGAUCAACCAUCCACGACCAGCGAAUCUGCGCAACUUGCUCCUGCAUCUUUACCAGCAUGGUCUGUCGUUGAUACCAGUGAUCAAAGCAAGACGAUCUCCGAAGUAUAUCUUUCCGAAGGUGCGAUCAUUUCGCUGGUGGCUGAUGUGAAAGACCCUAUUAGUGGACAAUAUGCCAGCGAAGAUGCUGGUGGAGUAUCCAUCGAAAGACCAUGGUCUUCAAGUACCAGCAAUGGAUUUGGCUUCGGAUUAUGGUCUGGCAAGGAAAAUAAGGCUUCAGACAAGCCAAAAGGAGUAUGUGGUUUGAACAACCUAGGCAACACAUGCUUCAUGAACUCUGCUCUACAAUGCUUGAGUAACACAGAGCUUCUCACAAACUGGUUCUUGGCUGGUCAUUAUAAGCACGACCUGAAUCCUGAUAACCCACUAGGCAUGAAAGGCGAGGUUGCGGAAGCGUAUGGUAAUCUCAUUGAACGACUAUGGAGCGGAACAACCAGCAGUUUAGCACCUCGUGAAUUCAAGCUCACCAUUGGACGAUUCAAUGCAUCAUUUACUGGAUAUCAGCAACACGACUCUCAAGAACUUUUAGCCUUUUUACUUGAUGGCUUACAUGAAGAUCUGAAUAGAAUCAUCAAGAAACCCUACAUUGAAUUGCCUGAUUUCGACAACAUGCCAGACGAUGAAAUAGCAAGCAAAAGCUGGGCUUACCAUAAGGCACGAAAUGAUUCUGUCAUUGUGGAUUUGUUUCAAGGCCAGUUCAAAAGUCGGUUGAUUUGUCAUGAGUGUGGCAAGGUAUCGGUGACGUUUGACCCUUUCAUGUAUCUGUCGCUUCCUCUUCCGAUCCAGAAAAAGAUUAAGAUUCAGGUUUCGUUUGUUCCAUACGACCCAUCAAGGCGACCCGUUCGCCUUCACCUAUCUCUGAAGAAGGACGCUGGAAUCCAACAUCUGAAGGCACAAGUGGCAGAGCAGAUGAACCUUGAAACCCCAAACACCUUGCUGGUUACCGAAGUAUUUAGCAGCAAGAUUUACAAGAUUUUCACAAAUUAUGAACCUGCUGGUAGUAUUCAAGCAAACGACACCAUCGUUGUAUAUGAAUUGCCCGGGGAAGUGCCAAUUGUUGGUAAACGGCGGAAGACCAUUACCAUAGAUGCGGAUGGCAAUCGUACCGAAGAAGACAUGUCCAUCAGCCAAGAUGAACUUAUUGUUGUACCUGUGUACUGUGCUGUCAGCGAGGAUAAGGAUUCCGAAAAUAGCCUAUACCGCGCCUCAGUUUCGCAAUUUGGUGGCCCUAUUAUAUUGGCUAUGAAAAAGAAGGAUGCAACAUCCAUCGAAAACGUUUACCGGGAGGUUGUUCAGCAGGUCGAGCGAUACGCAGUAAUGAAGUUGUUUGAAGAGCGCAAAGAUGUUGACAUGAAGGAUGCCACUACACCAAAUUCCUCAGACAAAAUGGACAUAUCUGAUGAGGAUACCGCACAGACAGCUCCAAAGGAACCUAUAGAAGUAGCUGAGGAAGAACCUGUUCAAAUUCAGCAGCGGCCCAUUCAUACUGCAGCUGCUGUGACAGCAGCCGGCGGUCGUCAACUGGAACCGAUGCGCAAGCUGUUCUCUAUGCAGGUGUUCAGUGAAACUCGGUCAUACGGACGCGGCCAUACCGAUCUCUUCAGCACUGGCAUGCAUGGCUGGGAUAAUGCCUCAUUGACUGAUCUUUUUGAGCGCGCAGAAAAGGAACAAGCUCAGAGAGAAAAGUUUUAUGCUCCUAAACCGACUACAGAAACCAGCGACGUUGACCAAAUGAACAUCGUAGGCGAAGCCCCUGCUAUGGAAAGUGAGACGUCGCAACAAGGAUCCACUAUUGCCGAUAUUGAUGACGAUGAUGAGAUCGUUGAAGACGCAUCCUCCACUUUGCCGCCUGCACCAUCUAGUAUGAUAGCUGGCCUUCCACGUAUUGCCACUCCACCAGCUCCAUCGCUACUUACAGUACCAUCACGACCACCUUCUUCUAUCGUAAUCAGACAAGGAGAAGGCAUUGUCUUGCAGUGGCGGAAGCAAAUGGCCCAACAAGUAUUUGGCUCUGCAUCCACAUCUUCAUCUUCAUCUUAUAAACGAAUUGGUGAAAGUGACGCCGGUGUCUGUGCUGAUGCCUGGGAUGAUAUGGAUGAAACUCAAUAUGCUGAUGAAGACUCCGGUGACUCAAAGCAGCGAGGAUCACAAAAGAAUGUUACCUUGGGUGAUUGUUUGGACGAAUUUACUCGAGAGGAAGAAUUAGGCGAAGACGACUUGUGGUAUUGCCCACGAUGCAAACAACACCAACGUGCUACCAAGAAAUUCGACCUAUGGCGUAUGCCAGAAAUUCUAGUUGUCCAUCUCAAGCGCUUCAGUCAUACCAGAACGUGGCGAGAUAAAAUCGAUGCACUCAUAGACUUCCCUUUGAAUGGCCUGGAUUUGACAGAACGUGUGCUGAGCGUUAGUGAUGAUGCCGAUUUACCCGAGGAUCAACGGCCGAUUUAUGAUCUUUUCGCAGUUGAUAACCACUAUGGUGGUAUGGGCGGAGGUCAUUAUACUGCAUAUGGACAAAAUUACAUCAAUGGAGACUGGUACAACUUUGAUGACUCGCAUGUCAGCAAGGUGAACGCAGAAGAUGUCAAGACUCCUGCUGCAUACCUUUUGUUCUACAAACGGCGGAGAAGUCAACCUCUGGAAUUAGCAGAAUCUGUGCCAAAGUAUCAACCUGAAACAAAGCACUUACAAGAGAUUGUUCCUUCGUAUACUCCUCCACCUUUAGACCAGCCAAGGCCUGUGUCAGCUGUUCCUAGGCAUAUCAUCAAUCACUCUGUGUCAUCUGUGUCAGAGUCAUCUGCAUCCGAAUCCUCGUCUGACGAUGAUACCAACUCUAGAAUGGGUACACCUACCCAUAGCACGUCGGAUGAAGGAAGUGAAGAUAAAAUUAUGAUGGGUGUUGGUGGUAUCGGAAUUGCGAUCAAGAACGGUACAGACCUGGCGGCCACACCAGAUGCUCAAGAAUUCGAAGCUGCUGACAGCGAUAAUAGCUCUGUAGUUGCCAUGAAUACUGUUGCCAAGGAUGAUUUACAAUCUCCUCAGACGAGUGGAAUGGAUAUAGAAGCCAGUCAUGAAAAUGACGAACAAUUGUAGAAAUUGUUUUUUUGGCACAGUUAAUUUUUUUUUUUUUUCACUCUAUUUAACCACCAAGGAUAGGAUAAAGAAAACUAAUACGGAGAAUGUCUUUUUCGUGGCAUUAAUUUUAACAAUAUAGUAUCAGUGAUGUUCAAGUACAAACAAUAAUACAGUGUAGAUUGGUAAAGAUGGAUACGAGUCACCUUCCUGCAUAAACGGCAAAGAUCUGAUCUCUUUUAUGCCAG